GACGUGUGCGCCGCGCCGACCCGCCGCCGCCGCCGACAUUCUUUUGACGCCGCCGCCGCCCGAUCGCCCGUCGGCGUAAAAUCGGCGCGACUUAUUAUUAUUAUCGAAUAACCGAGCGGGGAACUCCCUCACAUAGAUACGCUGCGCAGACACCGCGCUACUUUGAUACGAGUACCGCACCGCGCCUUUGAUUCAUGCCGCCUUUUGAGAUCGCACUCGCCGCACACCCCGCCCGUUCCACCCGCUUCGUUCAUUUACUUGCUCUUUGUGUUACGUAAUAGACGCGUUUUUAAGUACGUUACAAUUGCUUAUCAGUUAUGGAAGAAAAUAGCGAUAAAAUUGAUAUAAACAAAGUAAAAAUAAAACAUUUUACUGUAAAUCCACUAUUUUCUAAAUCAAAAAACAGUUUUUCGUGGAAAUACUUCAGACAAUUAAUACUUGAAAACGAAGGCAAAAGAAAAUAUGUGUUUACUGAACAAGUUUUUUGCUCGAGCUGUCUAGAAAAUGCGAAAAAUCAGGUCCCUGACAGUCCGUUUGGAUGUGUCAAAAUUAAGUCCUACAGUUCUAAAGCGAGUACAGGAAAUUUGAUACGCCAUAUGAAAGACGACCAUUCAUUAUUGGAAGAAAAAAACCCUGCUGCUGCGACAUCCAAAAGUUUAACAACAUUUUUCAAAGUAUCACUAUCACGUCCGACGACAUCUGCUCCAUCAUCUUCAAAAAGCCAAAAUAAGUGGAUGCUUGCAAGGGAUUUAUGUUUGUGGCUCUGUCGAUCCCUCACAGCAUUCGAUACUGUUAGUAAUGAGGGGUUCAAAGACUUCCUGAUCAAAUAUAAUGUCAUAUACAAAAUAGAAGAUUUACCUUCUCGAACCACCGUUUCUAGAGAGGCGUUAAGUGAUAUAUACGACUGCAUGCUAGCACACAUCAAGCAAGAUAUCCUGGCAAAAAUUGGAACCCAUGCAGCUCUUACAACAGAUCUUUGGCAAGAUCUUUACCGACGUUGCAGCUACAUAACGUAUACUCUGCAAUAUAUAGCAGAUGAUGCCAAUGAAAUGCAAAAUUAUACUUUGGCUACAAGAUUAUUUGAAGGCAAAAAGACUGGAGAAGCUUUAAGUGCAUUCACUCAAGGUAUUAUAUCUUCCUUUGGCCUCGAAGGAAAGUCUUUGUAUCUUGUUACUGAUUCUGGAGCAAAUGUAAAGCGCAUAUCUCAAAAUUUGCAAGGAAUUCAAAGCCACUUAUGUCUGGGACACGGUUUGCAUAAUCUUGUAACAGUAGACGGUAUCAAAAAAACUCCCCAAGUACAAAAUCUCGUGGUAAAAUGCAAGAAAGUUGUCAAAACACUGAGAUAUAGAUUGCCUGAAAUUGAAGAAGAAGCUGACAAGGAACAGCGCCGAAUUUUGACAGAAAUUGAUGAUGUUCAUGACCACCUUGAAGAUGACGAGAACUUUCCAUUUGAUCCUGUACCAGAGUCAGACGUACCGUCAGACGAGGGGACUGAGGUUUAUUUCUCUAGAGCCACUACAUCAUCAGCAUCAUUAUCUGUGCCAUCGAUUAAAUCAGCAACACCCACUCGUUGGCACAGUACUUUAGCGAUGCUACAAAGUUUAAGUAGUAAGUGCAACCGAAAACCAGUGAACGCCAUGCUUGCAAAAUAUAACAUGUCGGAACUUAAAUUUGAUGAUAAGGAAUGGGAACUCAUUGAAGAUCUGACUAAGUUUUUGACAAAAUUUAAACCAAUUACGGAAGUUUUAUGUACACAGACAAAUUGCUCAAUCAAUUUCGCCUUAGUGUUCAGAUCAGAAAUAAAAGAUGCAUGUGAAGCUUUGAAUGACGAUGAAAAGUUAGUAAUGUUGCAUAUGAAAAGAAAUAUGGCGGAAAUGCUCAAUCACAGAUUCCCAAUCACCAAAAUUAUUGUAGCAGCUGCUUUGCUAGAUUGCAGAUUUACAAAAUUACAAGAAAUAGAUAAUUUUAUGGAAAGUAACAAUACGACAAGAGUGGACUUUUUGGUCAACUGCAUCAAAGAAGUAGUGCCAGCGUGUGAACUUGAGGCGCAAUUCAGCCGCUCUAGUACGUCAAAUAAAGGUGACCAAGACAAUUUUCUGGUCAAACUUGUUGAAAAACAUGCAGUUACGUUUAAUGAUGAUGGACAAGAUUUUAUUGAGAAAGAAUGCCUGAAGUAUUUGGUAUCUUGUAAUGCCAGUGAUUUGAAAGACGGCAAUGUUAUUAAAUAUUGGCAAGAAAGACAAGCAGCAUUUCCGUUACUGUACAAAUUAGCGAAGGCUAUUUUAUCAGUGCCUGCUACAAGCACGCCCAGCGAGAGAGUGUUUUCUAUUGCCGGUUUGACAGUAACGGCAAAAAGGUCUCGUUUAAGUCCAUCACGAGUGGACAAAAUUAUAUUUGUGCAUGAUAAUUACAGCCGUUGCAAGGCAGCCGUUAAUUAAUUUUAUUUUUAUUAUGCUGAUCUUGGUUUACUGUUAAUUUUGGUGCCAAACUUAUAUUUUUCAAUGAUAAUUACUGCUGUUGUAAAACAGCCAUUACCUACUUAUAAUUACUUUUAUUUUUCUGAUUGUGGAAAUUUUAACAAAAAUUUUAUAUUUGUUGAUCAUAAUUACCGCCGUUUAUUUUUGUUUGUUUUUAUUUUUGGCGUUAGUAACAAUUACUUACUUACUGCUAUUUUGCUGAUAUUUGUUGAUUGUGCAAUUUUAUACCAAUGUUUAUGCUAGAGAUAUUGGUAAAAACAAGACUGUUUCUCUAAUAGAAAUAAAUCUCAAAUCAAAUUAUGCAGUUUUAUUUCAAUUCUUCACGCCGAAGUCACGCCGAAAUCACGCCGCCGCCGCCGAUUUUUGACCGGCGCCCGCCGCCGACGAUUGAAGCUUCGGCGCACACCCCUAG